CGGAGACGUUGGUACGAUCCCGGGCUCAAAUUCCGAGAAUUGAGCUCGUCUGAUUCUUAGAACUGGGCUUCUUAGAAGUGGUGAUGCAAGAAGUUUCUAGGAAAGCGCUACCAGAAGUCGGCAGGAUGUCUUGCUUGGCCGACAGCUGCAUCCAGUUCACGCGUCACGCCAGCGACGUCCUGCUCAACCUGAACCGCCUCCGCAGUCGGGACAUCCUCACCGACGUGACCAUCCUGGUCAGCAGGCAACAGUUCAGGGCGCACAAAACCGUCCUCAUGGCUUGCAGCGGGCUCUUCUACACCAUCUUCACCGACUCGCACAAGUGCAACCUCAAUGCCAUCAGCCUGGACCCCAAGGUGGACCCGGAGGGCUUUGCCAUCCUGCUAGAGUUCAUGUACACCUCCAGGCUAGCGCUCAGGGAGAGUCUGAUCAUGGCCAUCAUGAACACGGCCGUCUACCUGCAGAUGGAUCACGUGGUGGACACCUGCCACCGCUUCAUCAAGUCCAGCGAUCCGACCGUCAAGCUCCCCAGAGACGAAUUCCUGGUGAGCCCUCUGGUUCUGCCCCAGGACGUCCACGCAUACCGCCCUCACGAUAUGGUGGACGCCUUGCACGGCCGCGUGGCGCCUUUCAGGGAUGCGCGGCCAGCGUACAGCUCCGGCAUGCUCAACGGCGUCACCGCCCCCGGCAACUACCACCUCUACGGGCAGUUCCCCAUGACGGGAUUCCCUUUCCCUCUCUGCAAGCUGACCGAUGCUAAGAACGCCUUCAGCGACCUGUCACGGAGCGGGAUCCACCACAAGCACCCGCACGACGCCGCCGCCAUCAGCAGGGCCGAGUACGCCCGGGCGGUGGGCUCCUCCGGCAUCCUGCACGCCGCAAACUUCGCCCCCAGGGAGUUCGGGCGGGAGGACGAGGUGAAAAAGGAAAGCCACGAGGGGCUCGGCCUACCGCUGGGCCUGGGCGGGAGGAAGCGGGUCUACCCUGUCUUGACCCUUGAACCCCAAAAAGACAAAGAGCACGUCCCGCCAAGCGAGGAGGACAUGAUCCAUCACCACUACCCUCUUGGGAUCUCCUCCGCUGGGCGUAAGAGUCUCAUGAGCAGCCCACAGAGCCCCCUCAAGUCAGACUGCCAACCCAACUCCCCGACAGAGUCCAGCAGUAGCAAGAACGCCGGACUGUCGCAGGCCGGGGCGCAGCAGGCGGGGGCGGGAACGCAGGACCCCAAAGCUCGCAACUGGAAGAAGUACAAAUUCAUCGUGCUCAACCAGAGCGCCAGGGAGGACGAGGCUGGCCUGCGGAACCCCGGACUGUGCUCGCCUCAGCGUGUCGGCCUGCAGCCGUAUCUCCACGCCGGGGACAAUUUGGAGGUGCAAAGCGCAAGGAAGAGCGUCGAGGAUCAUCCCAUGCCGCAGACCAGUCGACUCAACAACAUCAUCAGCAGUGCGCUGGACGGGUCAGUGAGAAGCGCAGAGGCCCAACAGCCAACGCGCUACCUCAAGCGCCUCAACUGCUCAUCGUGCGGCGCCCAGUCGCCCCAGCACUCCGAGGUCUGCCCCUCCCGGUCAAGGCUGGGCGAGGACAUGGCCGAAAUGCACUCGGAAUACUCCGACUCCAGUUGUGAAAACGGCACCUACUUCUGCAACGAGUGCGACUCCAAGUUUGCCGAGGAGGAAGCUCUGAAGCAGCACGUGCUCCAAGUCCACAGCGACAAGCCCUACAAGUGCGACCGAUGCCAGGCCGCCUUCCGUUACAAAGGCAACCUCGCCAGCCACAAGACCGUCCAUACGGGCGAGAAGCCAUAUCGCUGCAACAUCUGCGGUGCUCAGUUCAACCGACCAGCCAACCUCAAGACUCACACUCGCAUCCACUCAGGAGAGAAGCCAUACAAAUGUGAAACGUGCGGCGCUCGCUUUGUACAGGUUGCCCACCUCCGAGCCCACGUGUUAAUCCACACAGGCGAGAAGCCGUACCCUUGCGAGAUCUGCGGAACGCGCUUCCGCCACCUGCAGACCCUUAAGAGCCACCUGCGCAUACAUACCGGCGAGAAGCCCUACCACUGUGAGAAAUGCAACUUGCACUUCCGCCACAAGAGUCAGCUUCGUCUCCACCUGCGGCAGAAGCACGGCGCCAUCACCAACACCAAAAUCCAGUACCGCAUUUCUACCGACACGAUGCCCACAGACCUCACCAAGGCCUGUUAAAAUGGCGGACAGCUUGAUUUGAAACCCGAGCAGCUCCCUUUGACGUGUACAAUCAUCCAAAAACGCUCGUGCCACACUUUGUUCACGGGACUAAUUGAAGUGGACUUUUUUUUUUUUUUUUAUUGUGCGCUACAACAAAAGGUGGAGUUGUUGCAUUCUGAUUUUAUUUGGCGGUAGCAAAGGUUGAGAUUUCCACGUGGGCUAAAAAAUGGUGUCACAUUCUACAGAAGUUAUCAAAAUCGAUGUCAUUGAAAAGAGUAGCCUACUCCGAUUACAGACGAACUAGUGCAAUGAGGGUUUGUUUUUGUUUGUCUGUGCAAUUUGAAAUUUUGCACAAUAGUAGAAGCUCUCGAGGGCUCUACAUAGGCCAAAAAUGUUAUUGCUUCAUUCUAUUAUUUAUUUUUAGAACAAAUUUUACUUUCCAAUGAUUUUUGUGCAGUGAAUGCAGGUAGCAGAUUUAUUCGGGGUUUUUUUAUUUGGAUCGUGUUCAAUUUUUGGUAGCAUCACUCGAGACGUCCACCUAAAGCGAUCCCCCACCACCUUUUGAUGUGUACAAUCAUUUAAGACGCUAGUGCCACACUGUGUUCGGACAAAUCAAAAUAGCAAUGUUCCGCUAAUGAAAAAAAAAAACGGGUUUCCACUACAUGUGAACGUCGAGUCACUUUAUGGUUUCUAUACGUACAGAUCUAUAUAAUAAGUAUGUGUAUGUAUGUUUCUAAGCUUCGAAAGUACGAGUAUAAAGCUUUAUUUUGUCGAAGAAUGGAAUGUAUUAAAAAAAAGGUGAUUUUUAAGGAGAAGAUAAAAAAAAAAAAAAAAUACAGUAUUUUAUAUCAGAGAACUUACUUUUCUGGAAACAUUGACUGACGGGUGGUAAUAUAUAUUUUAAAAAUGACGGCAGUAGUCUUCAUUUUUAAGCACCAUUGUGAAAUGAGUUAAAAAAAUAAUAGAAAAAAUGGAAAAAAAAGAUUUGUCCAACAACUGCUUAUGCAUGAGCCACUCGAGGGGUACGGUUAUAAAUAUUGUGACAUAUUGUGUAUUUAUACAUAUUUGUGGGAUUGUUCUCUGCAGGCGGAGCCAAUCAUCUUUGAUGUUUAAUUAAAUUUUGAUGUAUUUGUAUAGGUGUUUUUCUUCUUUUUGGGGGAUUGAUAUUGAAUUUUGGUUUUCAUAAGUGAAGACUUGGAUUUAAUUUGUUAUUUUUUGGUCAUUGUUAUCCCUCCCGACGUACAGUUGUGUAGUUGUCACUUUGUACAUAUAUACACUGUGGAUUCAAUGUGCCUUUUCUCCACGCCAACGCAAUUAAGGUACAACCGCCCCCCUCGCCCCAACUCCUCCCUGUGUGUGUUUGUGUUUUUCAUUGCUUGUCACUAACUUUAAAAACAUGCAAAAUGCAUCACUGUAAAUCUUUUUGGAUUGGAAUUUUUUAACGGAAUUUAAAAACUAUUGUACAAUGUCCUUUGAUGUAUGAAUGUAAAAUAAAGGUAUUUGAUUUCUAU